AUGGCGCACCAGGUGUCCAUCGCCUUCCAGGACCUGGCCGUGCGGUUCUCUGAGGAGGAGUGGCAGCUGCUCGGGGAGAGGCAGAGGGAGCUCUACCGGGAUGUGAUGCAGGAGAACUACCAGGCGCUGGCCUCCCUGGGGACAGCUGACCUGCUCCCCCUCUCUGCCUUCCUGUCUCCCGCGGAGCCUGGAGGAGCCAUGAGCCGGAGCAAAGCUGGUGAGGAGCAGGAGCCUCCUGAGGGAGGUGCCCUCGGAGGAGCACCCCAGCACAGCCUGCACCUCAGCGCCCUGGUGCAGCUGGUGAAGGAGAUUCCGGGGUUCCUGUUUGGGGAAAUUGGCCCUGAGAUCGGGAGAGCCGGCCUGGAUGGGGAACAGGUGAACCCUGAAGCACCUGUGACGGUGGCCACUUGCCCUCUCCAAGGCCUGCCCACCUGCCUUCCAGACACGCCCGUCCACCGGCCCAGAAGCAGCUCAUCGUCCAGCAGCUCACCGGGAGCCAGGAGGCAGGGCAGCCCCCUCCCCAUCAAAACUGCAGACACCCAGGGGCCUAUGGAGAAGGAAGGCCCUGGAGCCCCAGGUGGGAAGUGCAGUCCUCUCGCCUGUAGCCCCAGCAGAAGGAAGAGCCACAGCAAACAGCAGAGAGGGACCUCAGGAGCAGGAACCUCUCCCGGGAGCAGCCCCUUGCAAGGCCUCAUCAACUGCCUGAAGGAAAUCCUUGUGCCUGGGCCCCAGCACCCUGAGGCAUCCCUGAGUUUACUGCCUCCUGCCCCGGGCCUGGGCAUGUCACCACUAACCCGGGUGGAGCUGGGACCUGGGAGCCCUCCCUGGGGAGUGAAAACAGAGCCUGCGUCCGGGGAUUGUCCCCUCCAGGGGCUGCUGAAGUGUCUGAAGGAGAUCCCAUUGGCCCAGGACACGCACCCCAGCCCUUCGGGAGCCGGGGAACCACAGCUGCAGGAGGAUCCGGGGGCCUGGAAGAGGAAUUCUGGAGGGACCAAACCCCUCCAGACUCUGCCUUCCUGCUCUGGUGCCGGCGCUGGCCAUGUGCUCUCUGUGAAGAAGGAGAAGAUGGAGGAUGGCUGGGCCCAGAGCCCCCCAGUGCCUGCAUCCUGUCAGCUCCGCAAGCGGACCCACAGACCGUCUGCCACCAGCAGUCCCAGGGGUGAUGGAGACACCAGUGGGGACCAGAUACUCAGAUGGGGCCCCACAGCGCAAGCCAGCAGUGCCUCGAGCUCACCUCUGGAAGCCCUGGAGGCCUGUCUGAAGGGCAUUCCCCUGAGUGGGUCGUUACCUCCCCAGCCGCCGCCGCCGGCCACCUCUUGGUUCCAGAGCCCCCAUCCGGGAGACCCCGGGUCUCAGAGGCCUGAGCUGAACCCCCGAGGAUCACACAGUCAAGGACUGACUGCAGGGCCUCUCCCGACUCUGGGCCUGCAGGGCUUCAUCAGAGAUGGCCCUGCCUUCGCCCCAGGUCCCCACAGCACCCCCACCAGCUUCUCCUCAUCCAGCAGUACUGACGGGGACCUGGAUUUCCAGAUUUCUGAGUGCAGCCAGGGACGUAGGCCUGGAAAAGGAAUUCCAGUCCGUAGCGCCCCACUCCAGGGCCUGGAGAAUUGUCUCAGAGAGAUACCUGUGCCCAGGUCACAGCCUACCUGGUCCUGGUCCUCGGCGGGGGACAGAGAACCACAGAGAGUGGAGUCCAAGAACUGGAUGGCAGACAAGGAAGGACUGAGGAGAGAGGCGUGUGAACCAGUCCACCUCAGAGGGGACGUGCCCACCAGGAGCCUGCAGCCAGCCAGCCCACAGGCACUCACCCCUAGCCGUGUCCCUGCCUGCUGCCAGCGAGGGCUCAAAGACCACAUGGCCACCAGGCCAGGUCCAUGGAAGUGGCUCCAGGACGGGGCAGCCACCACGCCCUCCCCUCUUCACUGCCUGGAGAACUCUCUGAAGGGGAUCUUGCCUGGGAGGCCAUUGCGCUUCACAUGCUUAGCCCGCCCUGGCCCCGGCCUCAGCCCUAGUCCCAGCCCCGGUCCCGGCCCCGGCACCGUCACUGGCUCCAGCUCCAGCUCCAGCCUCAGCAGCUCAGAAGGGGAAGACCCAAAGAUGGAGCCUGAGCUUUGGCAGCCUCUCCUGCAGGAGAAGGACCCUCUACCCAGCAACAAGAGUCCUGGCCCUCCAACCCCAAGCCCUGGUGAAGGCCCAAGGAGAACAGAGCCCAGGGACCACUUUGGUCUCAGGACAGGGGCAGCUGGGAGUACCUGCCCUGCCCCUCGGCCAGAGAAAAGGCCCGGGCCGGGGCCCUGCCAGCCUCCUGGGUCACCCGCUCAGCCCCUGUCCUGGAAGCUCAGGGUUAGUGAAGAAUCCAGGGGCCUGGUGCCUGGACACAGAGGACCAAGUGUUGCAGCAGGGACUGAGGGGAGGCCACUUACCCGAGGCCUGCCUGCACCGCCUCCCCUGGCUCCCGACCCGCCUGCUGUGCCACCUGCCUCCCCACGGCCACCGUGUCCCUGUGGGAGUUCUCUGCAGCAGGAGCUCCGCAGCCUCAGUGCCACCCUCUCGGAGAAGCUGGAUCAGCUCGCCUCUGCCCUGGCAGGCCUGUCUCAGGAAGUGGCCACCAUGAGGACCCAAAUGGAUCGGCUAGGAAGGUGCCCUAGGGGCCCUGGAGCAAAGGGCCAGGCUUCCUGGCGGUGGGCGCUCCCCCGGAGACCUCACUGGGCUCAUGGCCCUGCUCGCAGACGCCUGCUCUACUGGAGACAGAAGGGCCCUGCCAGGCCAAAGCCAAAGAUCCUCCGUGGCCAGACGGAAGGCUGCAGGGCUGGCGAGGCCUCAGGCCUCUCCCUUGGGACGCUCCACCUGGUGCCUCAGCUGCCUCCAGGUGCCCCCCAGGCAGAACCUUCUGGAACCAGCUCCAGCCCUUCCCAGCACCCACCAUCCUCAGCAUGCAGCCGUGCUGUGCUCACUGUGCACCCCCGGCUUGGACACAUUGGGGGCCCCCAGACUCCCCCCGCCCCUUCAGUGCCUGCUGCCUUCCCCCCACAGAUGGCCUCUCCUGCCACCAGUGCAGAUGCAGAGCCACCAGCUGCAGCAGCUGCUCCCACUGGGCCCCGAAACUGGCCCAAGGACCCAAACAGCUUAUUGGCGGGAGUCCAGAGAGGCCUUGAGGAGGAACUCUGGGACGGCGGAGAUCAUAGGGACCCAAGGUGGGAGGCCUCAAACCACCUUCAUCAGCUCCGCCCUGAGGACGCCCUGCCCCUGGCUGCCUCUCCUAGGGGCCAGUCAGCCCCUGCACAUCUUUCAAACCAAACUUUCCCCAUCUCUGGGCUGUGA